AUAUAUAUAUAUAGUUUUCCGAGAGCGAUGCCGGAUGUGUUGGCGGCACUUGCGCUGGCAAAGGUGUCUCCAAUGGCGCCUGUGGCAGCUGAUGCCAUCAGCAAGGCAGUGGACCACAACUUCCACAUUUAUGAGGAACAGCAGAAUGCACUGUUCAACAAUGCAAAAGAUGCCAUUAUAGCAGCCCGGUCUGCCAUCCUUCACAAUGGAGCCAGUGACGCGUCGAGCGCUCAUGCACAAACAUUUGUGCCUCGUGCGCUGCCACAGCCACAUGUGCCCCAAACGGUCCAGCAAACCCAUGUGCAUCAAGUGGUGCCACAGCCCCAAGUGGCCCAAUUGGAACACCAAUUCCAAGAGGCACCACAGUCUGAGGUGCCUCAAGCAGAGCCCCAGCCCCAAGUGUCGCAAGCAGAACCCCAGUCCCAAGGGGCCCAUGCAGAGCCCUCCCAAGUCCUCCAAGCAGAGCCCCAGUCCCAAAUGCCACAAGUGGCGCAAGGAUCUGUGGGUGAAGGCUUUUGGGCAUUGACAGGUGCCUGGAUGGAGUUCACGAACAGGUCCUUCAAUUGCUUCAAGGAUAGACGGUCCGCAUGAUUCCCGGUGUCCAGUAGCUUUGUCGAUAGUUUUGGUGGGCGAAAGGCUCAUCAGUCGUGCCAAUGAUGCGUUUUGUUUAGUCUUAGUGUAUCUCCAGAAUUUUGCCUGAUCAGUAUGGAAAA